AUGAAUUCAGAAACCACUCUUUCAGAGGUUCCCCGACCGUAUAGCUGCUUUAGCAAAGGAAAGAAGAGGUACAUCGUCUCUACAGCGGCUGGGGCUGGUCUAUUUUCCUCCUUGUCGGCACAGAUUUAUUUUCCCGCCCUGAAUACUCUGGCCGAUGAUUUGAAUGUGUCUGCUUCUCUGAUCAAUCUAACUGUCACAAGUUACAUGAUCUUCCAAGGCAUUGCUCCUAUGUUCAUUGGUGACUUUGCCGAUAGAACUGGCCGUCGACCCGCGUAUAUAAUUUGCUUCGUCAUUUACAUCGCCUCAAACAUUGGUCUUGCGUUGCAGGACAGCUUCGCUUCUCUGAUCGUCCUACGAUGUCUGCAAAGCUCCGGCAUCAGCAGUAGCGUCGCGCUGUCUGCUGCCACCGUGGCCGAUAUCAGUACGAAGCAGGAGCGAGGAUCCAUGAUGGGGUUCGUGAUGGCUGGAAACUUCAUGGGUCCUGCCAUCGGGCCUAUUAUAGGUGGUCUCCUGGCCCAGUAUCUCGGCUGGCGAUCUAUCUUCUGGUUUCUAACCAUCGCGUCUGGUGUUUUUCUGCUGCCUCUUUUAAUGUUCCUCCCCGAGACCGCACGUAAUGUCGUCGGCGAUGGCUCUUAUCCCGCACAACCAUGGAAUCGGCCGUUCAUUGAAUUCUUCUAUCGUCGGACCUCAGAAAAAGAUAUCGCGUGCUCCGCGGCCUCCGACAGAAGGCCGGAUAGCAGCGAGUCCGAAAAAAAAAUCGAACACAAGCUCCAAUUCCCCAAUCCACUCAAACCUCUCAAGCUGGUAUGCCAUGUCAACUCUAUCAUUAUCCUUUUGGUUACGGGAAUUAUUAUGGGUGGCAACAUGACUGUUCUAUCGUCUAUAACAGAGAUCUACACGGCUCAGUAUGGGUUAGACGAGCUUGAAAUUGGUCUCUGUUAUAUCACGUUGGGCACAGGAUCCAUCGUGGCGUCCGUUGUAACCGGCAGACUACUCGACUGGAAUUAUCGCCGCAUGGGCUCCAAAGUGACCGAAGAGUCUAGCUCCGGGCAGACGACCGAGGAUCAAAUUCCAGUCGAGAAGGCUCGAAGUAUGGUCACUAUACCGCUUGUUAUUCUGGGAAGUGUGACGGUACUCGCCUUUGGAUGGGUCCUGAAAUACGGUGAACCUCUACCAGCGCCCGAAGUACUACUUUUCUUCGUUGGCGUUGGACAGACAGGUGGCUUCAUCUCUACUUCUACACUCUUGGUAGAUCUACACACAUCAAACCCUGCAGCUGCGACCGCUGCCAACAAUAUGGUCCGAUCAUUCUUCUCGGCUGGCGCAUCUGCUGCUAUCGAUCCAAUGUUGAGUGCAAUGGGUCGUGGCUGGGCAUUUACCCUUGUUGCCUUCAUUUUGCUCGGUACUAUCCCAUUCCUCUUAUUGCUCUGUGGAAUGUGGCGCCAAGGUAAGAGCCCUGCGUCGAGGUCGGAGGAGUAA